AUGAUUCCUGACUAUUUAGUAAUGCUUAACCAUCUAAAACAUACAGAUUCUGAUCUUCUAGUGAAGGGAUAUUCCAAAAAAUAAGAUUUUAUUGAUCUCACAAACUCAUUUGAGUAACUUGAUAUAUAUUCAGAUGAUUUAGACUUACUUUAAAAGGUAUUAGCCGAAUUAGAAUAAUUAUUUUAAGUCAAAGUAGGCAAUAGAGAUACCGCUGACGAGUAUAUUGCAUUAUCUUUGAUGACUAUAUGCAAAAAUAUGCAGACAGGACAUUUCAAAAAGGUAGAUAUGUACAAGAAAUGUCUUAGUUUUAUAGUUGAUAACAAUUACAUCUCAAAGAUGAAGACUAAGGAUCUAAUUUAAUUUCUUGCUAAUAUUGAGCCUAAUUAUCUUCUGGGAAGAUAAGAAUAUGGAUUAGAAAAAGCAGUUCAGACCUUUAUUGAAAGAGCUCCUGAAAUGUCUAUGGACCAGAUAAUUUCAUUCUAAUCAGCUAUCAAUAAACUUUAAAAAUCAAAAUUCAUCCCAUCUUUUUUCAACACUUAAGUUAUGUAGUUCCUUAUCAAUUCUAAAGUAGAAGAUAAAAUUAAUUCAGGAUUCCUGUCAUAAGCAUUCUAUAUAUCAUAAACAAUGGCUAUCAAUAACUAUGCCUACUUCCCUCUGGCAAAGGCUCUUAACAAAAAAUAUGAAGGUCACAUUGAUAAGAUGAAUCCUCGUUAAUUAUCUUUUGCUCUGUAAAAUAUGAUAAUUAUAGAUAGAUUAGGGAAAGAGACUUAUAGCUCUGUAAAGUUAUAUCUCUAGCGAAAGAUAUUUUAGAACUUUAAAAAACUAGAUCCAGACUACCAUGGAUCUAUGCUAAACGCUAUUUAUGAUUUGUACAAAAUGGGAGAUUAUGAACUUGCUGUCUAAUUUUUAAAGGAAUUUGAAGGUUAUUAUGCAAAUUGUUCAUCAGAUUAAGAGCUAAGCAUAGUAAGUUGUUGCAUAAUUUAAUAAGUAGUUGGACUACUUACUUACUGGAAGUUUAUUCGUGAAGAUGAGUUCCCAAUUUUAAGAAGGAAAUCUAUGGUUGAUAAAACCAUACUAAGAGCUUAAGGGUUCCCCUCAGAGCAUUUCAUAGAUGAUGUUAAAAAAGAAUUGUUAGGGUUCGGAAUAGUCCAUAAUGAAUUAAUGCAAGAAUAACUAAUAGAUAACUUUUAUAGAGCAGACUUCAGGUAUAAAGAUUUUAUCUUUGAAUUCAAUGGCCCUUGUCACUAUCUUUAUGACCCUUCAAUUUUGGAUGAUGAAGCUAAACUUUAGAGUAAAUGGGAUUUCACUGUAGAUCUUAACAAAAAAAUUCAUGAUAUAAAAGGAUAGGUAUAUUUUAACAGUCUGUACCAGCUCAUGUAUGAAAACUUUAAGAUACCACUAGAUAUUAGGCAAGCAGUAUGUCACAACGGACUUUUUUAUGGUUGUAAAGAUUCUCAGCAUCAGCUAGACAUGAGAGCGACAAAGCACUUUAGAAAGAUGUUUCUCAAUCCAGAAAUAAAAGGAACCGAGCUUUCUAGAAGGAAAUUCUUAAAGCAUAGAGGCUUUAAGCAGAUAGAUAUCCCUUUUCAUCUCUACAAAGAAGCAUCGAUGGUUGGGAGAAAAACAGACUUUAUUAAAUUUUUACUGAAAUUUCACAAGGUCAUUUGA